GAUGACCAUCAAGGAAGACGCCGUUCGCAUGGAGUCGGUGGUGUCACAGCUACCUUCACCCAGGGUUGCAUCGCCACGGGUGACUUCACCUACCAAAACUGACCCAAAACUCCUCAGCCGGCUCAGUACGUUGGACAUGAUGACGAUCAAUCAAAACAAAUCGUUGUCCGUGCGUGAUCGCAUUCGAGAGAUGCACGCUCUCAAACUAGCUCCGUUUCCUGUGGCUUGUCGUCGAGAGUCGACCGUCACCGAUGUCACUCCGAUGUCGCUGGCGUCGUUGCCGUGCUGCGCCCAUCCGUACCAUUCCGCCGACACCACUCUCCACCUUGACCUCCAUGGUCUGUCUUGGAAACGCCGGUAUAUUCCUACCAACGAAUUAUUGGGAGCCGCCGUGUCCGCCGCAUUGCCGUCCCUCUUCGUCGUUCAUUAUCUGGAGAAGAGUCCAUCGCACCAACUUCGGACUGUGCAGUUCCAAGCCGAAUCAAACGAGGCCGCCGCAGCGUGGAUCGACGCCAUUCAAACGAUCGUCAAGUGGCACGCCAGAGUUCCGUUGGAUGUCACGCGUCGAGUGCAAGUGGUGUUGGACACCACAGUCGCAACCUCCGCCGAGACUUGGGCUUCCGCACAGCCGUACUUGGCGAUGGCGUCUAUUGCUUGCACCGUCGUGGCCAGCGAAGACAUAGUGUCGUUCGGCCAGUCGCUGCCCGUGGGUGGAACUUUCGAAGCGUGCCUCGUGGUUGGCACGGCGCUGUCCCUCCACCGCGUAGUCAACGGCAUCUUCCAGCAACAAGAGCCGCGCUGGCGCACGUUGCUUCCGUCACUUCCGCUGGGUCUGCUGCUCUCGUCACCUCUGUCACCAUCUGCCUCCUUGAUACCCGCGGCCAACGCCGUCCUCAUCUACAACCUCAUCAAGCGUAAAAUUCGACCCCGCCACGCUGUGGCCUGCCACUUCAAUCAGGAAUUCGUCGUGCUUGCCACCGACUCUGUAACGUUGGGCCAAACAAGCUUUGGUGCCACCAGUCAAGGCUCCAUCAUGCCAAGUGUCCAAUUUCAAGCGUCGUCCAGCGUCACGCCUGUCGACUCGAAUACCCCCCCAACCGACAGCGACGACGACCCAAACGUGAACCUCCAGCACCACGCCGAACUAUGCAGCGUCUACAACGACAUCGAUCCAACACUCAAGAUGUGGAAAGGCUCGAUUACAGGCAAUCAAGACGUGCAACACGAAGCGACGUCCAGAACCCCGCCGCUCCUGGGGCUCCGCUUGCGUUUGCUGCAUCGACACCAAGUCAUGGCUGUUCAGCAGUUUACACCAGGGUCGUUAUGGCAUCGAUGGGCGCAACACUGCCCCUUCUCCUCGUCGUCGUCCCCCCUCAAGAACAUUCUAUCCCCCCAAGACGGGGCCAGUCAAGCGUCGAGCUUGGUGCUGGCGUUGCCCCACGUGUGGAAUGUGUCGAUUGAUACUUCGCCGACGAGAUUAGUGUCUGGCCACGUGCAGUUUGACGUCCUUCCACAUCUUUUGCACUGCUUGAUGUAG